GGGCAGUGGUAGUUGGGUAGUGGUGGGCAGGACAGAGAGAGGGUAUCAAGAGAGAGGCAGCAGUCAGUACCCAGCCAGCACUGGCAGUCUGGUACGAGUUUCAACCUCGGAUAACACCGUGAUAUCACUGGCAGUGUACAGGUGUACAGUAAACCACAGGACUCUACAAAAUGAUGAUGUGUAACCAGAGGACAUCCUACGCCCGCAUCAGCUACCAGUCUAUCGGCGAGAGGUCUAUCAAUAGACAGGAUUGUUGCAGCUCCAUCCUGCCCCGUGGUUUGAAAGUUGAGCUGUUAUUGUGCAUCUAUGUUGUGAUCUACUGGGCAUACCUGUUCGUGGGGGCCCUCCUCUUCUCUCGAAUUGAGGGCCCCUUAGAGAUGGCCAAUAUUAAGAAAAUUAGGAAUCUGAGAAAUGAUUUUCUUAAGUCACAUUCCUGUGUGGCAGAUUCCGACCUGGAGGAGCUCAUAGUGGAAAUAAUCAGCGCCAACAACCGUGGUGUGUCUGCUGCCAAGAACGUCACUAGUGAACCUAACUGGUCGUUUGGACAGAGUUUCUUCUUCUCCAGCACCAUCGUAACUACCAUAGGUUACGGUACGUUCAUUUCCUCUCUCGAAGGCGGCAAGAUCUUCUGCAUCAUCUACGUUUAUAAUAGGGAUCCCAUGACGUUCAUCCUGUUGACUGCCCUGGUGGAGAGACCCCUGGUACCCGCUACCUGGCUGAAGUUUGAAAAAUCUGGCAAACUAGAGCAUAUAUUUCAGCCGUUCAACAUACGUGUGUUCCAUCUAGCCAUCAUUGGGACAGUCUCCUUUGUCCUCUUCAUGGUGUUCCCAUCACUAAUCUUUGCCAAGCUGGAACCAGGCUGGGACUUCCUAGACUCCCUCUACUACUGUUUCAUCUCCCUCACUACUAUUGGUCUGGGGGACUACAUACCCGGAGAUGCACAAGACCAGCCCAUGAGACCGCUUUACAAAGUUUGCAUCACAGGUUACCUACUGCUGGGACUGACUUUUGUGAUGCUCAUCCUUCACCUCUAUAAUGACAUCCCCCAGUUGAACCUGGGACUCUUCCUCCUAAGGGGUUCAGAAACCUCCCCAGGUGACCCUGAACGCAUGAGGCUCAGUGGAACAGGGGGCAUCACGCCAAAGUAUACACAGGUAAGUGCUGGAGUGAAUGGAGACGAAUGGUACUUGGGACCUGACGAUCUGUUGGAGUGUGAGCAGGGUAAUAUUUAGUGAAGGGAUUCAGGGAAACCGGUUAUUUUCAUAUAGUCGGACUUGAGUCCUGGAAAUGGGAAGUACAAUGCCUGCACUUUAAAGGAGGGGUUUGGGAUAUUGGCAGUUUGGAGGGAUAUGUUGUGUAUCUUUAUAUGUGUAUGCUUCUAGACUGUUGUAUUCUGAGCACCUCUGCAAAAACAGUGAU